GAACUCAUCGCGAGAACGAGAAGCCUACGCCCUGUUGGAGCACAGAGACAGACCCUCAUCUUACAUGUUUACCUUCUAAAGGAUUUAUUACUAUAAUUGUAAUGUUUGGUAAUUUUCGUAGGCUAUAGCGCAGUGCUUCCUGGAUGUUGAUGUUUUUUGCAUGAAGUCUUGAUAAACUACAAACGUGUCGUGCUUGUGACUAGUCGACGGUUCACGACGGGCUCUGUGUGUGUUUACUAUAAUGGAAGUAAUGAUGGUGGUGUUUUUGCUGUGGGGCUUCUUUGCAAUGGGUUUCUCAUACGAUGAGAUAGAGUAUGGAGGCACAUACAGGAUUAAGCUGCCGAGAAAGACUCAGUCUGUUGGGUUCAUCAAAUUGAACAUCCAGCAUGCGACAACCUUGUGGAAUCGGGACGAGCCUCUAACCGGUUAUAACAGUAAGCACAGGGUGCAAGGUUCUUACUUUUUCGUAGAAGAAGUAAACCACAAUGACAGCGGCAGCUACCUAAUGAAAGACAAAGAUGAGAAAGUAAUUUCUACCAAGACCAUGGAAGUCAUAGCAAUCAGAAGAUACAACACAAAAACAGUUGGCAGAUACUUUGACUUCACGUUUAAUGUGGGAUCAGACUCCUGCAACAUUUACUUCAUCCCAGAUGGUGGAUAUGAGACUCAGAUAGUUCGUAAAGGCAAACUGCUGGAGCAUGACGACCAGGAUUGUAAUGGAUUCGACUUGUCAUAUCCAUGUGGGAUUUCCAAAAAUUACAUGCAGUUGUCAUGCAACGGGCGCUUUGAGGUCAGAGAUAAGCAUGGUGACCUGGCCUUAGUGGAGACAGUGGAAGUAGAAAGUAAUUCUGCUGCUGAAGAAGAAGAUCAUGAGCCUACGUUUGAUACAUCCACCUCCAUUGGUAUUGGCAUUGGUGCUAUACUUGGUGGACUCAGUUGCUGUUGCUGCACCAUACGUUUCUGCAAGAGCAUAAGCUCCUCUAAUAAGGACAAGUCUGAGAGUCCUGAUGAGGAACCUACUGCUCAUUACCGUCAGUAUGAGAGGGAGCCUGUAAGACCGAGUUCAGACCAGCUCAGUCGGCCCUCUGAGACGCUGUACCCCACUGUGCCUCCUUAUAAUCUGAGCGUCCCGCUGAUACACAAUCCUCCUCCGCCCUCUGUGAGUGUGCCCCCAGCUUAUUCUGAGGUUUCAGCUCCAGCAGAGCAGGCGGUCGCUCCAACUUUCCCCGUCCCCUCUGAGGACCCCGAGCCACGGUUUGAACUCUCCAUCUCCUCGGCCCUCCCGCUCAGUUCAGACUCAACUUUCUCUGAUGUUUAUACUUCAGACAAACUCAACUUCUGAUGAAACCCUACAUUUUAAGAAGAACACUUGUUAAUGAUUAGAACUAUUAGAAAAUAGUCAUAUUGAUUAAGGCAAUAUUUGAGCCCAAGAGAACAAUUUAAAUUACUUAUUUAAGGCCCAGCAAGCUGUUUCCCCCUGUUUGCUUUGUAUCCAGAUUUAUCAAUCAGGAAUCAGAGUGAUAUAAAACGUAUCAUAAACCUGUCAUCGAGGGCAUUUAAAAAGAAACGGCUGAUUAGCCUGCUAAUAAUUUCAUUUUGUGGGACCCUUGACAGAAAGAUUACGAAAAUGUUUUCAUCUGAGUCAGUCCCAUUCGUUUUCAUGUAUAUAAUAGAUUUUAGCCUUCAAACUGCAAAUGUAUGGUAAGCCUUGAGACUCUGCCAAAGGAUAACAGCCCUAGGGGUAAAACACUCUUCUAGGAUGACUUUCUACCUCAUGAAACUCAGUUAAAACUUCCAGUUUUUUAAUAAUCUCAGUAGUAUCUCAUUGCACUGAAUGAAUUGCGUUCACAUGCAGUUCUUGUUCGGUGUUGUUUAAUUACUGCAGACUGUUAACACUUUCAAGGAAAUUACAAACAUAAAGUUGCUUUAACUCUGCUAAACUCCUACUUUUUCUAAGUAGGUGAUAUCAAUUUGAAAUGAAACAUGUUACAUUUCUCAGGAUAAUCCCAUGUAUAUACAUGUUUUAUGCUCUUAUAGUUAUUGUAUGUCAACUUUGAGGUAUCACUCGUGCAGUUACACCUCAAAGGAUACCUCAAGUGCAUUAAUUAACAUAAAUGUGUCACUUAAACACAUGUACAAGCCAUAUACUCAAAUGCAGCUGCAAUGUGCUUCUUUCUGCAGUUUUCAUUUGGAUCAUUCUCUUGUAAAUCAAACACAGAGCUGCAUUUGGAAGUUUCAUAUAUGUGUGUGUAUCAUGGAUGUCAAUUUUUUAUUGUAGAUUUUACUUUUUGAAUGUUUUGAGCAUGUCCUAAUCAUUUACUGGAACCAUGUUUAAGAACAUGAUCAAAUGUGUUUUUAAACCUUUUCAUAACAGGUGACCACUUUGUGUUUUCAGACUUUGUCAGUUGCAUUAAAGCUGAUUAAACCCGA